AAUCGACCGUUCUCUUUUUUGUCUCAAUUGCGGUGCUCAGUUCGCCACUCCUACAGUAUCGCAAUAAACAAGCCGGCCCUUUCUCCCUUUCCCUCUUCCAUGUCAAAUACCCUCUGUUACAUGUCUUCUUCUCUCUUUCGCUUCCUCGCUAACCUAACAAACUCUAGCUUCCUCUUUCUCUUUCCAAUUCUCCAAAAUGCCCUCCCACUUCCUCUCUAAUGCCCCUUCCGCUCCUUCUACCCCCUCCUCCGAUCUUCCCAACGAUGCCGUUUCUCUUCCUUCCGCCUCCGCUUCCUCCUCCGCCUCUAGGUUUCCAGAUAUGUGGAAUUACCUCUGGAUUCCUGUACUUGUUUCACUUUCUAAAGAAAUUAGCUUAGCCAAAGCGGCUCAGUCUAACAUUCUUCUUCCGAGUCAAGUCGAUGAUGAAUCAUCAUCUCCGGUGCUGAGAUGCCCCGCGCCGGACACGAAGCUGAACUACAGGCCGGUGAUCGGAAUCCUGAGCCAUCCUGGUGAUGGUGCGUCCGGGAGGCUAAAUAAUGCUGCAAACGCAUCUUAUAUCGCGGCGUCUUAUGUGAAAUUUGUUGAAUCGGCUGGUGCUCGUGUAAUUCCACUUAUCUAUAACGAGCCACCGGAGGUUCUUUUCGAGCUCAAUCUGGUCAAUGGAGUGCUCUUCACUGGGGGUUGGGCCAAAAGCGGUUUAUAUUAUGACAUUGUGAAGGCAGUUUUUAAGAAAGUGUUAGCCAAGAACGAUGCAGGAUACCAUUUUCCAUUGUAUGCCAUCUGCUUAGGUUUUGAACUCCUUACAAUGAUCAUUAGUAAGGACAAUAACAUUCUGGAAUCAUUUAAUGCUACGGAUCAGGCUUCCACACUUCAAUUUAUGAAAAAUAUAAAUAUGGAGGGAACUGUGUUUCAAAGAUUUCCUCCAGACUUGCUUAAAAAGUUGAGUACAGAUUGCCUUGUCAUGCAAAACCAUCAUUAUGGCAUCUCACCGGAGCGGCUUGUCGAGAACGAGGAUCUGUCUAGUUUCUUCAAGAUUUUGACUACUAGUGCGGAUGCAGAUAACAAAGUUUAUGUCUCCACCGUACGAGCACGCAACUAUCCUGUGACUGCUUUCCAAUGGCAUCCUGAGAAAAAUGCUUUUGAAUGGGGCUUAUCUAUGAUUCCACACUCAGAGGAUGCCAUUCAUGUGACCCAACAUAUUGCAAACUUUUUCGUCAGUGAGGCUAGGAAGUCAUUGAACAGACCCCCUGCUCGCAAAGUGCUUGACAAUCUGAUUUACAAUUAUAGUCCCACAUAUUGUGGGAAGGCUGGGAAGGGAUAUGAUGAAGUAUAUAUAUUCACUGAACCAUGAACUGCAGAUUGUGCAGGCGUAGGCAAGCACUGUAAAUUGCAGGACUUGAAAAUUGAAAUGUAAAUUAUACAGAUUAAUGAAACAUGGCUCUAUGAACAUCUGUAUUUAUAUAUUGGCGUUUUCUGCAAUUUAAUAUUUGUUCUACAAA